GAACCCAAGUUGAAGUGGACAUUUCCAAACAAGUAAUUUGCUCAGAUUGUAGGGGAAGUGGAGCUAAAAGUGAAGAUGAUGUUAUAACAUGCGAUGCUUGUGGUGGACGAGGUGUUAAAGUAGUUAAACAGAUGCUUGGACCAGGAAUAUUUCAACAAAUCCAUUCCACUGGAAGGAAGGUUCUACGCGCGAAUGAACAGUUAACUGUCAUUAUAGAGCGAGGGAUGAAAGAUGGAAACACUGUGGUUUUCGAAAAAGAAAGUGAUGAGGCGCCAGAUACAAUACCUGGAGAUAUUAUAUUUAAAAUAAAAACGCUUCCACAUUCAAUGUUUGAAAGAAACGGAGAUAAUCUAUAUAAAAAAGAAACUAUUUCAUUAAUUGAUGCACUUACCGGUUUUGAAAGAAAUUUUACACAUCUUGAUGGCAGGACUGUCACAAUAAAACGUGAUACGGUGACACAACCAAAUUUUGUUCAAGUUAUUAAGGAUGAGGGUAUGCCUCGACAUCGAACACAACUUAAAGGUGACUUAUAUGUGGAAUACACAGUAGUGUUUCCUUCGGUCAUUGAUGAUGCAACAAAAGAAGGUUUAAAGAAACUUUUCCCUAAUAUGGGCGGUGUUUCAA